AUGUAUUUACCGGAAGGUUAUGAAGACAAUGAUAAGUCUAAAGUGUGUAAGUUGAAUAAGUCUUUGUAUGGACUAAAGCAAGCUCCUCGAAUGUGGAAUGAAAAACUUGUGGGAGUUUUACUUGGUUCUGGUUUUGUCCAAAGCAAAUGUGACACAUCCUUGUUUGUUAAAAAUGUUGAUAAUAUAUUUGUUGUGCUUUUGGUUUAUGUCGAUGACAUUGUGGUUACUGGUAACUCUAUGUCUGAAAUUGAAAAAGUAAAACAAAGUUUAAAAUCUCAAUUUUUGAUUAAGGAUCUAGGGCUGUUACAAUAUUUUUUAGGUAUAGAAGUUUUAACUUGUGAUGAAGGUUUAUGCUUGUCACAAAGAAAGUAUCGUACUGACUUACUGACUGAGUAUGGAAUGCUAGGAUGCAAACCUGUAAGUGUUCCUAUUGAUCAAAGUCAUGCUGUUAAUGCUUUACUUGAAAGUAAUUCUGGUCCUUUACACAAUAUAACUGGGUAUCAACAGUUAGUAGGGAAACUUAUAUACCUCUCUCACACUAGGCCUGAUAUUUCAUAUGCUGUUCAUAUCUUGAGUCAGUUCAUGCAUAGUCCUACUGAAGGACAUCUAAAACUUGCUUUUCAUUUGUUAAGAUAUCUUAAGUCUGCUCCUGGAAGAGGGUUGAUAUUUAGUAAGAGUAAGUCUUUUAAUUUGACUGUUUUUGCUGAUUCUGACUGGGCCAAGUGCUUGGUGUCCAGGAAAUCUGUUACUGGAUUUUGUGUUUUCCUUGGUAACUCUUUGGUAUCUUGGAAAAGUAAGAAACAGACUACUGUGUCUAGGUCUUCAGCUGAGGCUGAAUACAGGUCUAUGUGUGCUGCUGCAUGUGAAUCUAUUUGGUUAAAAAAUUUGCUUAGUGAGUUAGAGGUCAAUGUAGAAGUUCCUAUUAAACUGUUCUGUGAUAAUAAUGCUGCUAUCUCUAUAGCAGCAAACCCAGUUUUCCAUGAUCGGACCAAACAUUUUGAAUUAGACCUGUUUUUUCUAAGAGACUUGAUUUCAAAAGGAACUGUAAAAUGUGUUGGUAUAAAAUCUGAGAUGCAAGUGGCUGAUAUCUUUACAAAAGGGGUUUUAGUUAAAGAUCAUCAGUACUUGUGUGAAAAAUUACAGUUGUUUGAUAUGUUUAGAUGA